AGUAUAUUGUGUUAAUAGAUAAAUCCUUUAGAGAUUAAUUUAUUUUUUUUUCUAGACCUAAUAUUUGAUUAUUUAUUUUCCUGACCACUAGUAUAAAUUUAGUCUCCCAAGAAGCACAUUUGCCUUUGUGACAUCUAUAAGAUAUCAGUUUUUAGGCUACUUUUUGACGUCAAUAAGGCAAGGCACCAAUAUGUUGACAAAACAAUCAGAAAUUCAUGUCACCGAAAAAAUGUCUACUCAAAAAACUUAACACAAGUGAUGUCAAAAAGUAAAUUACAAAUAGUGGUAAAAUAAGUCAUCUAAAUGACUUUUUAAUUUAAAUAAGACAGGAAAAACAACACAACUCUUCUCUGUCUUCGGAACCAACAUUUACAUUUCGUAUUUAUACCAAAAAAAGUGACUUUGGGACAAAAAAAAAUUUGUCUUAUCCUUUUAAAAGACAUCUUAAAGUUGUCUCUGUGCUACUUGGGCUAGUUUAAUUUAUUUUAUUUAAAUCCUUGAAGUUGUGGAUUCUUCGAAAAAGAACAACGUGAUUUGCGACUCAAUUGUUUUGUUAUUAAAAAAAAAAAUAAUUUCAUUUGUUAUAAAUUUAAAAACACAUUUAUAUAUAAUUUGUUGAUUGCAUAAUCUCUGUCGUGUUUUUUUCUCACGCCAAUGGGAUUUAUAAUUUAAUAUCUAGGAAUUAAAACCAGGACUCCGCACAAGAUCGUGAGAAAUAAUUUAUUCGAAUUUAAAUAUUUAAAAAUAAAAAAAAAUAAAAUCACUUAAAAAUUAACUUCCGUACAUUUUAUGUAAAUUGUUUGGCUCAAGUUAAUUUUAAACUGAAAAUGAAUUUUAAAAUUACACAGGCGUCUAUGAAAACUCACCUGAUAGUGAGGUAAAUAAAAUCCUUGGACUUUUACAAAAGGUUAAAUGUCAAGCUGUCAAUCGAUAAAAUAAAUAUACGUAAGGUAAUUUUGACUAACGAGAUUUCUCAUAGGUUUCUAUUAUUGCUCUAGAUGAUUUACCUGUUGGAGUAGAAUAGUAGACGAUAAUUAUCGUCUGAUAAUGGUCUAUCCUGUCCAACCAGCCGACUCGUCAAAUCGAUCGUAUCCUAAUGAAACUUACGCUUACUGUCAAACUCAAUCGCCCUCAAUUUUUUUAAAUCAACCACAACAACAGCCGCAGCAACAACAGCAACAGCAAUUAAUUUACACCCAUUAUAACUCUAUUCCAACUUGUACAACAUCAACAAUCCCACAAUAUAUUACUCAUACACGGAAACCUGGAUCCCUAAAUAUACGCGACCAAGAUAAUUAUCGUGGAAUAAAAAACCAAAAAUUAAAUACUAAAACAGUCAGAAUAAAAGAAUUGUCUGGCCCUAUUCAACCAUUAGCUUAUGCGCCACCACCACUAGUUAUAUAUGACCCAGUUCAAAAUCACAUAUCAUCUCCCCUAACUCCGGUUUACUUUAGUCAAUCAUCGUGCUUCAAUCAUGCCCCUUAUCCCAGUGAAUCAUACGGCAAUUAUAAUCACAAUGUGGCCUCGCAGCCUUACUACAAGACUUCUGAAGUACAAAAUUAUUUGAUACCUGAGCCGAAACCUCCCGCUCAAUUUACCGCAGUCCCACAUAAUUAUUAUGCUGCAAAUGUACAGAAAUCCGUUUUUCCUUGCUCUGUUUACUCUAAUAGUAUCAGCGAAGCUCAGUGUAAAGCUCCAGGACAAUUGUUUACCAGCUCUAGUCUGAAUUUGAAUCCAAAUGGGAAAUUGAUACCUACAUUAUCAAUCGCAAAUGAGGUGACCAAGUAUCCGGAGAAAGUAUGUCAGGAACAUCGUCUUCCUUACACAGAGACUCUUGUAGAUAGCAGAAAUAUUUCUAAGCCACAUUCAAAAUCUGACGUCAGAGUUUUGAAAAAUUUCGGGAAUGAAGAAAAAUAUUCAGAUGAGUCAUUGAAUUUUGAUUUUACUAUUGAAGCUGAGAAAAUGGUGUCUGCUUUGUGCAACACUUCUGCUCAUGAAGAUAAAGAUGAAGAUAAUAAAGCUAAAAAUCAGGAUAAAUUAAUGACAAAUGACAGCGAGAGUGAUAAAAAAAAAUACAAGCCCUGGUAUUUAGAAGAGUAUGACCAAGAGACAACGACUAAAUCAAUUGGUACUCAAACUUUUGAUUCCUCAGAGGAAUCUACUUGUCCAGAGUUCAUUCGUAAAACAGUUAAUUGGGGUUGCAAUGAGGCAGAGACAAUCUUGAAUGAUUUAUCAAGCUCACGACAAAAGUGGCUUACUAAUUUAUCUUCAGCGACUAAAACAGCUCUCGCCAAAUCAUCAACAUGUUUUCCUGUUUUUGCUGGUGACAAAAUUUUUUCGCAGGAUUUAAUAAACUCACUUUUGCGUAUCAGCAAUGGCUGGCUGAUUCUUGAUCAUUAUUUAAACAAACAGCACCAUGCUAAUUUAAAUGAUAAAUAUGACAAUGAUUUGCUGAAAUCCUUCAAAAAUUGGGAAAUAUUUACUGGUGAUCUUUUAGAAAAUGUUAUCAAGACUUUUGUAAAACUAGAUUCUAGUUCUAAAAAUGACGACGACUUUUCUAUGAAUCCUAAUAUGCACUCAUUUCCUGGCGAUGUUUCUCUAUAUAUAACUUAUGGACUUUUUGGUGAUACAUCUGCUGUUGGUACUAAAAAUAAUUCUCCUUCAGUAAAAUCUGUUAAUCGUUCCUCACUUAGGAAUACUUUGAAUGACAAUGAACAGAAGGACAGAUUGUCAAAUGUUGGCCGUGAAAGUAAAUUACGGACAAGAUGGACAAUAACUGAGCAAACACGUUCCAAUGAUUGUUUACAAAAAUCUAACAAACCUGAUUGGAAUUUAUUUACAAAGGAAUUACCGACGCAAAUUGAUUCAUUGAAUAGUCAAUUGUCGCAGCAAAAAUUGCAUUACAAUUUUUUAAUAACUCCUGAAGAAUCUACAGACAUUCCCACGCAGUUUUUUCAAUUUAAACAGACAUACGAGAGUCAACCGUGUGUACCAAAAUACACAUUUGAUUUAACUUCCAGUAUAACAGAGAGUAGUAAUUUAAUUCAGCCAAUUUUAACAAAUGAAAAUCGUACAUUUUGGAAUUCAUGUGUUACUCCUACGCCUAUUUGUAAUACUUUUCCAUACAACAGUGGAAGUUUGAGUAAUUUAAAUAACAAAAUGACGUUGUUGAGUCAAAUUGAAACUAAAAAAACAGAAGUUAAAAAUUUAAAUGAAGGAGAAACAAUAAAUUUGUCUGCUUGGUUCGCGAGUAUGAGAAACAAACGUGUAGGAAAUUCAUCAGAAAAUUCAUCGAAUUCAACAUCUAAUUGGUGGAAAUCCUCAAAUAGCAUUUCAUCAAAAUUUCGCGAAGAGGCGGCUAAAUGUGGAGCCAAAAAUACAGAUUCAACUUCAACAUUACGAAAUGACAUUAAUCGUCAAUUGCGUACACUAAAAAAUAUGAGGACCAUUCAAUCUGCUCCAUGGACGGCUAAUCAUCUGCUAGAUGAUUCUCCAAAAACAAAACGUCACGAUGUUUAUGACAGCUGUGAAGAUUUACGAGUUUACAUGAAACCCGGCAGUUACAAUGUCCCGAAAAAAAAAUAUCAGAGUCGCCGCAGUCGUCGUGAUAAUUCAAAGUCGAGCAAUACUAAAUCAACACAAUCUUUGGAAUGUGAUGUUGUUAAUAAAUCAGUUAAUAAUGCUUCGUCGUCUUCGUCGACGUGCUCACAAGAUAUUUCAAAAGAUUUCGCUUGGAAAGCUGCUUGCGCUUCGGCAGAACUUCUGCUGGAUGCCUUAAUUGUCAAAGAAAAUUCUAAAAUCAAAGACAAUGAAACAUUCUCUGGGCUCGUAAAUGACAAAGUUGUUGAAGAAGAAGUUUGUGAAGAAGUUAAAGUUGAUAAAAUAAUUGAAGACAAUUCUAAUGAAGUUAAUGAAGAAAAAAUAAAUGAAAUUGAUUAUAGAGAUAAUAAAGUUUCUGAUGUAAAGUGUAAAUUAGUUGAUGCAGAUUCUAGUCUUGUAUUACAAGGCCAUCAAAAGACUAAUGUUAAAACAGAUUCUUGGUUGAUUCGCACCCUGAGUAACGCAAAUGAAGCAAAAAAUACUGGAGACGAGGGAGAAAAAAUGAGUACUGAAAAAAAUAAUGACAGCGUUGUUUUGUGGAAAAAAGACGACAACAAAGAAAGAAAUUCCGAUUUUUCACUAGAAACAAGUCAUACUAUUGCGGUAAUGGCUUUGGUUGAUGUAGUUGGUAAAGCAACGUACUCAGAAACUGUCAGAAGAUUUUCAAAUUCCGGUAAACCGUGUGCUCAAACUACCCCGAAGUCUGAUGACAAAAAGAAAGCCAGUAAAAAUUUAAAUGGUGGACUGGGCGUAAGUGAUGGGAAAAACGAGUCAGACAUUAAGAAGGCGGUGACAGUAACGAAGCAGGAAGCUUUGAAAGCAAGAAUUGAGUGUCGAAAACCACCAGAAAGCCGAAAAAAAUCAGCUAAUCCACCACGGAAUCGAUGGAUACAAAUUAAAAAAUCAUGUUUACUUUAAAUUUUACACUUGAGUAUUGAUAAUUUUUAUCAAUAUUUUUAUAUGAUUAUUUAUUGUUUUUAAUUUCAAACGUUAUCACAAGAAUGAUAAAAAUCGAUAAAAAAUAUUUAACUGAUGAAUUGUCAUGAGAAAAUUAAUUUUUGCCAGUUUAAAAUAAUAAUCGACGAUUAAGUUUUCUGUUAAAGUUUUAAAUAGUUACAAAAAUUAUUAAAACUGUAAUCACAGUCGGGGAUAAAAUAAUUUUGUUUAUCAUUGGAAAUUAUCAGCGACACUUGUCAAUGAUAAUUUAUUUAGAAUGUGUCAAUUAUAAUAUUUAUAAUUAUUAAUGUCUUAUCAGACAAUUCAACAUUAUUACAAUUAUGUCGUAGGAAAAUUUCUACGAAGUAAUAAUGUAAUUUAUUCUAGAUUUAAAAAAUAAAAUAUUUAAUAUAAAUAUUAAUUUUUUAUGAGAUAAAAUGAUAACUUAUCUCGUGAAAAAAUAAAAAAAAUUACGACAGAAAAAUAAAUAAUUUAGAAUAAAAAAUUUUGAACAGAUAAUUGAAGAGUAAAAAUCG